GCAUGCGCAAUGGCCACUCGUCAAGUGUAGGAAACCAAUAGCGCGUCUGCACAGAGAGAGAGAGAGAGAGAGAGAGAGGAGACAACACAACACGGCAGGCACCGAGCAGACGGGAUGAACCGCCAGCGCACGGACUGUUUCCUCUGGUAAACAAGCGGAGCAGGAGCCUGGAAAACACCGGAGGGAAGCCGAGGAGGAGGGGGGGGGAUUUCGGGGACACAGCCAUGGCGACCGGAGGAGGAGGAGGAGGCGGCGGAGCGAGGCGGAGGAGGAAAGCGGGGCUCCCGGGAUUCUGCUGGAAAACCUGCUACUUUCCCAUAUUGUUCUGGGUCGUUUCCGUGUGCGGAGAGGAGAAGACGCUGAUUGUAGAGACGUGGCUGAAGAACUACGGCUACCUGCUGCCUCACGACGUGCGCACAUCGGACCUGCGGCAGGAGAAAGCCAUGCAGUCGGCCGUGGCUGCCAUGCAGCGCUUCUACGGCAUUCCUGUGACGGGAAUACUGGACGAGACGACUAUAGAGUGGAUGAGGAGACCUCGCUGUGGUGUCCCAGAUCAUCCUCACACCAGCCGCCGGCAGAGGAACAAACGCUACGCCCUGACGGGACAGAAAUGGAGAGACAAAAAGAUCUCCUACAGCAUAUCGAACUUCACCCCCAAAGUGGGCGAGAAGGACACGCAGAGAGCGAUCCGACAAGCCUUCAACGUGUGGCAGACGGUCACUCCGCUCUCCUUCCAGGAGGUGCCGUACUCGGAGAUCAAGAACGAGGGUAAGGAGGCCGACAUCAUGAUCUUCUUCGCUUCCGGUUUCCACGGCGACAGCUCUCCGUUCGACGGAGAGGGGGGUUUUCUGGCCCACGCCUACUUCCCCGGCGCCGGCAUCGGAGGAGACACACACUUUGACUCUGAUGAGCCCUGGACGCUGGGCAACGCCAACCACGACGGUAAUGAUUUGUUCCUGGUGGCGGUCCACGAGUUGGGCCAUGCGUUGGGUUUGGAGCACUCCAACGACCCCAGCGCCAUCAUGGCUCCGUUCUAUCAGUACAUGGACACGCACAACUUCAAACUGCCUCUGGACGACCUGCAGGGCAUCCAGAAAAUCUACGGCAUCCCCACGGCCAUGCUGGAGCCCACCAGGCCGUUACCCACCUUACCCUCCCGACGGACACACUCCACCUCUGAGCGGAAACACGACCGCCACUCCCGCCCGGCGCGCCCGCCCGGCGACCGGCCCGCACUGCCUGGCAACGGCAAACCCAACAUCUGCGACGGCGACUUCAACACGGUGGCCUUCUUCAGACGGGAGAUGUUUGUCUUCAAGGACCGGUGGUUUUGGCGUCUGAGGAACAACAAGGUGCAGGAGGGUUAUCCCAUGCAGAUCGAUCAGUUCUGGAAGGGCCUGCCGCCUCGCAUCGACGCUGCCUACGAGAGAUCUGAUGGCAAAUUUGUCUUCUUCAAAGGCGAUAAGUUCUGGGUGUUUAAGGAAGUGACGGCCGAGCCCGGAUACCCCCACAGCCUGGUGGAGCUGGGCAGCUGCCUCCCCAAAGACGGCAUCGACACGGCUCUGCGCUGGGAGCCCGUCGGGAAAACCUACUUCUUCAAAGGAGACCAGUACUGGCGCUACAACGAGGAGAAGCACACGGCGGACCCAGGGUACCCCAAACCCAUCACCGUGUGGAAGGGAAUACCUGACGCACCACAGGGGGCCUUCAUCAGCAGGGAGGGAUACUACACCUACUUCUACAAGGGGAAGGAUUACUGGAAGUUCGACAACCAGAAGCUGACAGUGGAACCCGGGUAUCCAAAGUCGAUCCUGCGCGACUGGAUGGGCUGCGACCAGUCCGACAUGGAGCGCUCCGGCAGCAAGGGUAACCGCGGAGACCGCCAGCUGCCCCUCGACGACGUGGACAUCAUGGUGACCAUCAACGAUGUCCCGACGACGGUCAACGCCAUCGCCGUGGUGAUCCCCUGCAUCCUGUCGCUGUGCAUCCUGGUGCUGGUGUACACCAUAUUCCAGUUUAAAAACAAAGGAGUGCAGCAGAACACCAUGACUCAGCACUAUUACAAAUACCCGGUUCAGGAGUGGGUAUGACAGGCAACUUUCCUUUUUAAGGAGGUCAAUGUUUGUGGAUUUAAGGGGGUCAAGCAACUCUAUACCGUUAGCUAGCUUAUGUUGGCUAAUGGCCAGGAACGCUAGCGAAAAAAACAAUGGAAAGUCAACGCUGAAAGACGCUAGUUGUGCAAGCUACUGAUAAAAGUGCGGACACUGAAGAAGCUCUGCGAGAGAAGAUUCAGACAUUUGCUCACAGUGUGUGUGUGUGUGUGUGUGUGUGUGUGUGUGUGUGUGUGUGUGUGUGUGUGUGUGUGCGUAUGCGCGUGCGUGUUUGUGCACUUCAGUGUAAAACUUACUUUACACGGCUUUUUCCCGUUCCUCACUGGGCGAGGACGCGUAAAACAAACAUGGCUGAGCACAGCAAAAACAAGUCCGCAAAGACUCCAGCAGGAAGAUCUGAUUGGCUGAGGACGGAUGACUGAUUCUUCAACAACCUCUCUGGUUAAGUGAAACGGAGUCUUAUGAGCAACGCUGAAUUUUGUUUGACUAUUUCUUCUUGGACCUGCAACAUGACUCUUCUCAGUGAAAAU